AUGGAAAUAAUAACUCGUCAAUCAUUAAUGUGUUUAAAAAAUCUUCAACAUCUUACAAUUGCUGAGAGUAAUUUAACUUUCAUUGCACCUGGUGCAUUUGGUGUUUUAAAAAAAUUAAAAACACUUUCAUUGAUAUCAAAUGUUAAACUGACUUACAUACCUGCAAAUGUAUUUAAUAUUAGAAGUUUGGAUAUUAUUGAUUUAAGAAUUUUUCAAAAUAUUAAAUGUAGUGUUAUUGAUUUUACACAUAGUAAAAUUGUUGCUGUUGUUGAUGAAGCAUUUAAUACAUCUCAAAUUGAUACAAUUUAUUUUUAUAAAAAUCAAUUUUUCGAUAUUAAUAUUGGAAAAUGGGGUAUUGAUUAUUAUACGACAAUGAUUUAUUUUAAUUAUCAAAUUUCUGAUUUUGCAAUUGGCUUUAAUGAAAAAAAAAAUCCUUCAGCAUGGGCUGUAAGUAAUUUUAAAAUUGAAACAACAUGUGAAAUUAAAGAAUGGAUAAUUGAAAUAUGUAAAAAUCAUAAAUCUAUUUCAUCUGUUAAAUCAAGUACAGAUGUUACAGAAUAUAUAUUUGAUAUUCUUCCAUGGACGGUGAUUGAUAAAGUUGAAAUAAAUGUCAAUGACAUUCAGUCAAUUAGUAAACAUGCAUUUAAACAAUCACCUUUAAAAAAUCAAUUGAAAACAUUAAUUAUUUAUAAUGACAAUGAGAAGUAUAAAAUUGAUCUUUAUCCUGAAUCAUUUGAGGGUUUAACAAAGCUAGAAAAUUUAGAAUUAAAUGUUGGGCCAAUAUUGAUUAAAAAUAAUUUAUUCAGUUUUUUACCAUCAUUAAAGUAUCUUAAAAUUAAACCGUAUGAAUUAAAUAACGUGUAUAUUAGUCAAGUUAUAAUGAAGCUUAAAAAUUUAAAAACUCUUGAAAUUGUUGGAAAUAAUUCGAUUGGUAUUUGUCAAAAUUUAUAUUCAAAAAUGUUACCAAAAUCAAUCAUUGAUAUUCGUUAUAAAACAGGUUUCAUUAAUAGUUUAGAAAAAAAUUCAUUAAAUUGUUUGAUACAAAUUGAAAGUUUAUCAAUAACUGAGACAUCACUUGGGACAAUAAAUGUUGAUUUAUUUUUAUUCAAUAAUACUGGUUUUGUUGAAGUUAAUAAAGCUUGGGGCAUUUCUCAAUCUACUUAUGUUCAUAUUAAUGAGCCAACACAUGAAGUCAUGUAUUGUAAAUUAAGAUCAGGAAAAAGAAUUGAUUGUAAACAUUGUGAAAAAAGUGUUAAAUGCAUAUUGGUAUCUUUACGUUUUGGAUAA